AGAUUAAAGAGGAAGAGGAGGAACUCUGCACCAGUCAGGAGGGAGAGCAGCUUGUACUGAAGCAGGAGACUGAUACCUUUAUGUUGACUCCUACUAAUGAGGAAAGUGACCACCAGCUCCUCUCUCACAACUCUCCUGUAGCUGAGAGCCAAGAUCAGGAAGGAAGCAAAGAUGAAGACCCAGAAUCAAAGAGUCAUUGUAACACUCAGACAGGGAAAAAGUCUUUCAAAUGUGACACCUGUGGAAAAACUUUUAACUUCAAGUCCAAAUUGAAUGUACAUCUGAGAAUCCACACGGGUGAGAAACCGUACCCCUGCAACACCUGUGGGAAAAGAUUUAGUGACAAGUCAGUAUUGAUAAGGCACAUGAGAAUCCACACAGGUGAGAGUGCACACUCCUGCAACACCUGUGGGAAAAGGUUUUAUCAGAAAACACACUUACAAAGGCACAUAAGAAUUCAUACAGGUGAGAAGCCGUACUCUUGCAAAACAUGUGGCAAAGCUGUCAGAACAAGUACAGGCUUGUUUGUCCACAUGAGAACCCACACAGGUGAGAAGCCGUACCCAUGUAACACCUGUGGGAAAAAAUUCAGGCACAGUUCGGUAUUGAAUGAGCAUUUAAAAAUCCAUACAGGUGAGAAGCCAUAUUCUUGUGAGACUUGUGGAAAGAGAUUUUGUACAAUGACAUUAUUGAGACGUCACAUCAGAAGCCACACAAGUGAGAAACCAUAUUCUUGCAAAACAUGUGGCAAAAAUUUCAAAUGGAAUGCUGGCCUGAAACUUCACAUGAGAACUCACACAGGUGAGAAGCCGUACCCCUGCAACACUGGUGGAAAAAGAGUCAAUAUAAAGCAGAACUUUGAAAGACACGUAAGAAUUCAUAAAAAUUAUAAGUCAUGUACUUAGAACAUGAUGAUGUGGGAGAGCUUUCAGACUUAAUUGAGAAUUGACAGUCCACAAGAGAAGAGUCCAUACUGGAGAGAAACCACAUCACCGCAACACAUGCGAGAAAAUAUACUUCUAUUUGUUAGAGUUUAGAAGGCAUAUAAGGUCACAUACAGACCUGAAGCCUUUGAUUUGUAAAAUAUGUGGUAGGAUUCAGUUUUAGUGAUUCUUGGACAGAACACACGAGCCCACAGAAGUGAAGAGCCACAUAAUUGCAGCUCUGGUGGGAAACGUUUUUCUCAAAUCACACAGUUGAAAAAACACCUGAGAAUCAGUUUACAUAGGGGAAACCAUCAAGAUGAAACUUGUGUGGAGAAGAGUUCACUUAAUGAAUGGAAUACACUUUGAAAUAGAUACAGCUCUGUAAUUCCAUUUACAAUUUUUUUUUCAGAGGUCACUGUCGCAGCAUUAUUUCUCCUUCAAUAUUACUCAUAUUCUGUUUGCAGCUGUAUUUCUUUGAAACCAGUGUAAUUUCCCAAAUCUUGGAAAAAAAAUUGUUUCACAGUGAGUGCAUAGUUCAUAUAAAUGUAAAUGGU